CCUACCGUGUCGCCGGACCUCAUUGGAGCUCCCAGUCUCCGACGGCAAAGUGCCAGGCCUUUCCUGACGUUAAAUGGAAGUUGUCCAGGUAGACGGAACAGAUAUUAGGCCGGAAGAUUUCGGCGAGGGAGCGGGGUGGUGCGAUGUCAAAAGGAAGAAACAGGCCGACGGUGCGACCGAGUCAGCGCAUAACCAGCAUGUGCACAUGCAGCGACGGACGGUAGCCACGUCGACUGCGGGAGUCACUACAGCGCAGUACAAAAGGAAGUACGCCCGUCAAGUGCAGCAGGUUGCCAUGGCAAGCCGAAUGCCAGAGUUACCGCCGGACGAUUACAAAAUCGUCGUACGCCCCCGAGGCGGCUUCAACGUGUGCGAUUACGGGACGGAUCGCAUUUACUGCUGCCUACGUAACGCGGCGGGUGUAAGCAGAGAAGCGGCCGGGGAAGAUAGCAUCUGCCUCAACGUUAAGCAGAACGUGGUGGUGCUCAGCACGCCGUCUGAAGACAGAGCCAAACGCUACGGAGCCAUUAGCAAGCUUUGCAUCGGAGACCGAGAGUUCGAGGCGAAUAGCUAUCAAGCCGCCCCGGAGAACACUUCCAAGGGCCUGAUUAGGAACAUUUCCAAGAGCGAGAGCCCGGCAGACAUCAUCGCUAAUCUAGUGACGAAGCGCAACCCCGGAGUGCUGCACGCGAAACGCAUGAGCAACACGGACAACAUAAUCGUUUUGUUCGACGGAUUCCACGUACCGAGGUACGUAUAUUACGGACCUAUGCUCGUCAGAUGCUCCCUCUACAGGAAGCGGAUUGACGUGUGCUACGAGUGCGGAAGGCUGGGACACCGCGCCGACGUGUGCCCCAAUCCCAACGACAAGAUUUGCCGUGGAUGCGGACGAAACAAUCCGUCGCCUGACCAUCAAUGCGAGCCGCGGUGUCGACUGUGCGGCAAGGGACACUUCACGGGAGACCGCAGGUGCAAGGCGAGAUACAAGACCCCAUACAUAGUCAAGCGUCGCCAAAUAGAGCGAAAAAGACAAGAAGAGGAAGAAGCAGCCACAGCGUACGGCAGCGGUUACAACAGCAGCAGCGACUGUAAUGACAACGCCGGCUACUACCUCAAUUUUCCAGAGAUAGACCGUCAUUCAGUCACCGACAACCGAAGAGGACGCUCGACUAGCCGUGGCGGGAAGGGCGGUGCGGGAAAAUCCCGAUCCCGAUCCCACUCUCGCAACCGAACACAGAGGCCGAGAAGCACGUCGAUGACGCGCGGUGGCGGCGGUCCGGGCACCGCAGCUGUGGGCCACAUCAACCAGCAAAGUCAGCAGCAGCAGUCGUGGCAGCAACAACAACGUCACAGGAGCACUGGGCAACAGUCUUGUGCAGGAACUAUUUGCCCGAUGCUUGCGGCAUGCUCACUGCUGCCAAACUGCUGCCAGGUGGUGUCCAAAACCGUGAUGAUCAUGAUGAUUUAAUGGAAUCCCCUUUGCAACGGGGCGGUGACAAAUAGUCACCUAGCCUGCUUGAUUUAAUCAGAUUUUGGCAAAUGUGAUUAUCCGAGCUGCGGUGCCACCACAAGGUUGGGAACGAAAUAGAGCACGCUUCGCACCGAUUCCUGGCGUCACGACGUAAAAAAAAAAGGAGAGAAGACCGCGAUGAAGCCUGUGCCGG